AUGGCCAGAACUGAUCUCUUUGCAUAUGUCCAAGCGCCGCAGGACGACUCAGCACCGCCCACGCACAUGGAGGCGGUACUCUGUCGACUGGUCGAAAAGGCGCUGCGUGUCCAAGACGCAAGGCCCGUCGACGACUUCUUUGGCAUCGGCGGCGAUUCUUUAAGUGCCAUUGAGCUCGCGCGACUAGCGAGAGAAGAGGGACUGGUUAUUCCAGUCACCAAGGUCUUCAAGACGCCGCGCCUCACUGACCUCGCGGCCAGCAUGUCCCUCAGCUUGGCCGAGACCCACGUGCCACCGUUUUCCUUGGUUUGUCCUCAUAAAACAAGAGAAGAACUUUUAGAGAUGGCCGCAAAGGCAUGCAGGGUAUCGGCUGAACAGAUUGAGGACAUCUACCCCUGCACGCCGCUGCAAGAAGGUCUCAUGGCGCAGUCCCUCACGGGUGCCGAGGCCAAGUACAUUGCUCGAUACGUCCAUCGACUACCAAGAUCAAUAGAGGAGGGAAGACUGCAAAGUGCAUGGAGCGCCACAGUAGAGGCGAACCCGAUCCUGCGUACACGGAUCAUACACGAACUGAAUACAUCCCUGCAGGUUGUUGUGACGACUGGCAUUGAAUGGGAACAGUCCCAUAGUAUGGACGCAUCGCUAAACAUUUCCAUGAAGAAAAUGGAAGCUGGGCGACCACUCUUACGUCUGAUUCUAGUAAAGGAAAGGGAGAACAAAUAUUUCAUCUUCUCUAUCCAUCACGCCUUGUACGACGGAUGGUCGCUGCCUCGCAUCCUGGAGCAGGUUGAGGCGGCAUACCAUGGUGGUGUCCCGGGACUGAAGCCCUUCAAAUAUUUUGUCAGACACACUCUGGAGAAGGAUGACACAGCAUGGGGCGAGCAUUGGAGGAGGCAGCUUGAUGAUUACGCUGGCCACAUGUUUCCGGCUCCCAGGCAAGGUUACACGCCCGGCCUUCUCAAAGUCGCAACCCGCUCGCUCGCUCUGAAUCCGGCAAACGAAAUACGCGCCACUCCAGCCACUAUCAUUCAGCUCGCAUGGGCAGUCGUCAUCGCACAGUACGCUGGCACGGACGACGUUGUGUUCGGAACCACCCUUGCUGGGCGCAACGCGCCCGUCCCGGGGAUAGAAGAGAUGCUCGGGCCAACCUUGGCCACGAUACCGCUGCGGUGCAGAUAUGACCGCUCGAGUACCGUUCGCAUGGCCCUGGAACAGCUGGCUUCACAGAACGCAGACACGAUGCUGUUUGAACAUGUCGGCCUCCAGCGCAUCGCUGCCUUGGGGGCAUCCGCCGCCGCCGCCUGCCAAUUUCAGAACCAUGUCAUCAUUCAGCCACAUCAUCGCGAGCCACCGUCGAUACUGUUCUGCAACAAGGUCGAAAGAUAUUCAACGGAAAUUGCGGACCAGUACAUGCUAUCUCUCGAGGUCUUUCUAGGGGAACGUCCCAGCGACACGCUGGAUAUUACAGCCACGUACGACCCGGAGGUUAUUACCCCGUGGCUGAUGGAACGAAUCAUGAACCAAUUCUGCCACUGCUUGCAUGGCAUCUCCAGCAACCCGGAAAACACGUUGGCGGAGCUGUUGACAGCGAAUGAACAGGAUGUCCAGCUACUCUUCGGUUGGAAUCGACAUCUCGUUGAGCCUUUCAACGGUUGCGUGCAUGACAUCGUGUUCAGGCACUGUGUCAGCUAUCCGCAUGACAGAGCAGUUGAUGCCUGGGAUGGCUCUCUCACGUACCGAGACCUCGGCGCGCGCGCGACGGGGCUUUGCGACUUACUUCAGGAUAGGGGCAUCAGACCUGGGCAGUAUGUUAUGGUCAUCGUGGAAAGGUCGCUCUGGGCUGUUGUGGCCACGUUGGCCGUCAUGAAAGCAGGCGCAGCGUUUAUCAUGAUCGAUCCGUCAACGCCGAUGGCUCGGCUUCAGCAAAUCCGGGACGACAUCGACUCGAAAGUAGUCAUCACGUCCACUUCGCACGCCGAGAAGGCAAAGGCCUUGGGCCUCCAGAGUGUGCUGGCCGAGCAGAGCGAAAGCAGACCCCUCGACACAAGUUCUCGGCCUGCUGCGGUGACGCCGUUCGAUCCUGUUUACGCCGUCUUCACCUCCGGGUCGACCGGCCGACCCAAGGGAGUCAUCAUGCAGCACUGCGCGCUUGCUACUGCUGCGAUGGUGAACAGUGGAACGUUUCUCAUUGACCGAAACUCGAGAGUCCUCAGCUUUGCGUCCUUUACCUUUGACGCAUCAAUCGCUGAAAUCCUGUACCCUCUUGUCCGUGGCGGAUGUAUCUGCAUCCCGUCCGAAACGGAGAGCAGGACCGACGUGGAGAAGGCAAUAAAUGACUACAAAGUCACCUGGGCAACGCUGACGCCGUCGCUGGCACGAACCUUGCGACCCGGCAAUCUGAACACACUGCACAUUCUGGCCCUCGGUGGUGAAGCCAUUGCCAAGAGUGACUGUGACAUGUGGGAGGGCAAGGUGUGUUUGAUGAACGGCUAUGGACCUACCGAGUGCUGCAUCGACGCCGUAAUACAGCCACAUGCAACGCUGGAAAGCGGUGUUUCCAACAUUGGCUGGGGCGCCGGCGCGGCAUGCUGGAUCGUUGAUCCCAAAGACAGCAGCAUCCUCACACCGCCCGGUGCUGUGGGCGAGCUGCUCAUUGAAGGCCCCAUCCUGGCAAAGGGCUACCUGAAUGAUGCAGAAAUGACCGAAGCGUCGUUCACCAGCUAUUCGAACUGGCUCCGUCGCCUCAGGCGUGGCAGGCAGGGGCGAGUUUACAAAACCGGGGACCUUGUCCGCUACAGCCCUAGCGGCAACGGCUCGCUGCUGUUCUUGGGGCGAAAAGACAACCAAGUCAAGCUCCGGGGGCAGCGCAUAGAACUAGGCGAGGUCGAGCAACAUGUGCGGGAGUCUUUGCCCACGGCACGACAGGUCGUGGCAGAGGUGGUGAGCCCUGGAGGCGAGAGUACUAACAUGAAGCUCGCCGUCUUUGUCCUCCUGAGCGACACUGAAGCUGAAGAUACUGAACGAGUCUUGGGCGCGCUUGACGCCUCUGUCAAGAAAAGGUUUGGAGAGGUAGAGCGACAGCUUCGCUCUCGGCUGCUGAGCUACAUGGUCCCAUCUCUGUUCCUCCCACUGGCACGUGUCCCUUUGGCACCGACAGGAAAGGUCAACCGCCAACUUCUCCGAGAGACAGUUUCGGCACUUCCUAAGAGAGAGCUCCUGGCGUACAACUCGUCUGCGAAAAAUCGCCCGCCAGUGAUGCCCAGCGAGGUCGCGGUUCAAGUGGCAGUAUGUGAAGCACUCGGCCUACCAGCUAAAGCUGUUAGCAUGGACAACAAUUUUUUCCAUCUAGGGGGAGAUUCGAUCGCCGGGAUAAAGGUCGUCGGCCGCCUCAAUGGAGCCUCAUACUCGCUGUCCGUGGCCGACUUGUUCCGAUGUCCUCGCCUGUCUGAUCUGGCACUGUUUAUCGGACACUCAACUACGCAAACGCCAGGAACAGUAUCGCCCUUUGAGCUGACAGAUUGCGAAAACCGCGAUUGCCUCAUCGCAUUUGUGGCGCGUGCUUGUGGCGUUGGCCAGGACUCUGUGGAAGACAUCUACCCCUGCACCUCAAUGCAAGAAGGCCUACUUGCCUUGAGCCUGAAACGGCAGGGCCAUUUCGUGGCCAAGCUAGAGUUCAGCCUGCCUCGCGGUGUCUGUCUUAACCGGAUGCUCCUGGCGUGGAGAGCAGUGUACGAUGCGAACCCCGUUCUUCGUACGCGCCUCGUCUUGGGGCCCGCAGGCGACAGUACUCUGCAAGUUGUCAUUGCAGAGGAGCUGCAGUGGUCAUCAAAUGACGGACCACUUGAGGUUGAGUUCGGCAAGCCACUCCAGAGGAUCAAGCUAGUGAAACGCGGCGAAGAGAAUAGCUUGCAGCUUUGGCUUCACCACGCACUCUACGACGGCGCGUCGCUGCCGCUCAUCCUUGGCCAAGCUGAAGCGGCCUACAACGGGGACACGCUCAGGCUCCGUCCUUUCAACACGUUUGUGGCCUAUGUGAAGAACAUCCCGACAAUUGCUAGCAGAGAGUUCUGGAAGCAAGAGCUCCGAGAUUUGGACGUUACAAUGUUCCCGGCACAACGAGGGACGACAAUGCCUCGCGGCCAGCGACGGUCCGUCAGCCACGACAUACAGAUCCGGGAUGUAGAUGGUAUGGAUGCCACGCUUUCGGCCAGCCUUCAGCUCGCAUGCUCGAUUGUUCUCGGUCACUACACUGCUUCGGACGAUGUCGUGUACGGCCUCACGCUGUCCGGGAGGAACGCACCUAUGAUGGGCAUUGACCAAUGCGUUGGGCCUACCAUCACGACAGUGCCAUUCCACGUCAGAUUGUCGGAGGCUGUAACGGUGGAGCAGGCAGCCAUGGCCAUACAGAGACACAUAUUCGACAUGACGCCUCAUGAGCAGCUCGGGUUACAGAGUAUCCGUUCCAUAAGCGCUGACACGGCGGCGGCGUGCGACUUCCACACCCAGCUGGUCAUCCAACCCGCGGACCGAGGAGAGCAGGGGUAUCUCUUUAAGGAAGCCCCCACAACAGACGAUGUGUAUUCUCACUUUGCCAACACGCCGCUCCUGAUAAUAUUGUCAAUCUCGCCAGACAACCGCUCUGUGCACCUGACCGCAAAUUUCGACGAGUCGUACCUGGAGAAGGUCGAAGUGCUCAAUUUGGCCCAUCAGCUCGACCACGUUGUGCAGCAGGUGAUGCGAAGCCCGAGCACGGCAACAAAAGACAUUGAAGUUAUCAGCCCCCAGGACAUGAAACGCAUUAUGCAAUCGAAUACGUUGGACUUGAUCAGUGCGGAUCGAUUGCUGCACGACUUGGUGUUGGAACAAUGCCGACUGCACCCCAACAAGGAGGCGAUUUCCUCAUGGGAUGGCUCCCUGACUUAUACACAGCUGUGUAAAGCCUUUGGUCGACUCUCGCAACAUCUGGCUUCUCACGGAGCUGGCGCUGGGAGUAUUACAGCGAUUUGCAUGGAAAAGUCGCGAUGGACAGUCGUGGCGACACUCGCCGUACUCAAGUCUGGGUCCGCUUGUGUACCCCUAGAUCCGUCUCAUCCGCCUGGUAGAUUUGAGGAAGUGCUCAAGCAGACGCAAGCCAGUGUCGUUAUCGCAUCGCAGGCAACACGAAGCAUGAUCGAAGCAUUGAAUAGGAACGCCCAUCUCGUCACCGUGUCGCCUGCGCUGCUGGAUACGCUGCCACCCAGCCCGCCAUUGACUCCGCGACAGGUCGCAGUGACGGAUGCCGCUUUCAUACUGUUCACAUCCGGGAGUACAGGAAAGCCCAAGGGAAUAGUGCUGGAACAUGGAAGCAUUGCCACAGCUCUUCGGGAGCUCGACCGCCCGCUCAAUCUGAGCGCACACAACAGGACGCUGCACUUUGCGUCGUACGCUUUCGAUAUCUCGCUUCUGGAGGUGUUCGCCUGCCUGACGUUUGGGGGGUGUUUGUGCAUCCCCUCUGACGAGGAACGGCUGUCGGAUCUCAACGGAUUUAUCGAGAGAAAGCGAGUCAACUGGGCGUUCAUGAUCCCGUCUACGUCCCACGUCCUCGAGCCGACUCUCGUUCCGUCCCUCAACACGCUGGUUUUUGGGGGCGAGAACCUUCGAUCUGCUGAUGUAGAGCGCUGGGCGAGCAGUGAUUGCCGCCUCAUAAACGGCUACGGCCCUGCGGAAUGCACGCCACUUUGUGUAACCUGCCGCGUCGACCCACGAAACUAUGCUUCUGGAAUGUUGGGCUCCUUUGCAACCGGUGUCGGCUGGAUCGUCAGCCCCUCUGACCCGUCACGGCUCUGCGCCUGGGGCGCGGUCGGAGAACUGCUCAUUGAAGGUCCGAUUGUGGCCAGGGGCUACUUUAACGAUGCUGAGAGAACGGCGUCAAGCUUCGUCCCUAGCCCGCCAUGGCUGUCUCGCCUUCGCGGCGGUAAAAUUGGGCGGUUGCAUCGAACCGGCGACCUCGUCCAAUAUAUGGUGGAUGGACGCAUACGAUAUGUCGGCCGGAAGGACAGACAAGUCAAGCUCCAUGGUCAGAGAAUCGAGUUGGGGGAAGUCGAGGCCAACCUGAAGCAAUUCUUCUGCGACAGCGCGAGAAUUGUCGUCGAGCUGGUUCACUCACCCGAUUCCCGGGCUAGACUUGUCGCCUUUAUCAGCCUUAGGGAGACGGGUGCCGCCAUUUCAGGAACCGACGACAAGCCACUUUUUGCCGCUACGGACGACGCGUUUAGAGACAUUUGCCAGGAAGCGAAGAGCAGACUUCCCGGGAUUCUUCCUCGAUACAUGGUCCCCUCAUUGUUUGUGCAGCUCAACUAUGUGCCGCUGACUGCCAGCGGAAAAGUUCACCGUCGUAUGAUAUCGCAGCUUGCCAUGUCCUUGCCGAGUGAUGGCGUCGGUGGCAGAUUGAGAUCUAACGCGGCCGUGACAGUCAAGCCCGUCAACGACAAAGAACGCGUCGUAUCUGAGCUGUGGGCUGGUCUGUUAAAUCUCCAGGUCAGCGAUGUCAGCACCACGGACGACUUCUUUGCAAUGGGCGGGGACUCGAUAGUGGCUAUGAGGCUGGCUUCCGCUGCGCGUGAGAAAGGAUAUUUGUUGUCUGUGGCGGACGUUUUCAGUCAUCCAAGGCUCUCCGAUAUGGCGGCGGUUGCGAAGUCUGGGGUCCCUGCCCAAGACAGUUUUUCGCCUUUUGAACUCGUUCUUCGAGAAAAACGGGCCUCUCUGCUGGAAGUGGCGGCCAGGGCCUGCCAGGUCAACAACUGUCAAGUCGAGGACGUCUAUCCGUGCACGCCAUUACAAGAGGCCAUGAUCUACCAGUCUCUGCGCAACGCCGGCGCGUUUCAAGCCCAAUUUCGCUACCGGCUGCCUGAUGACAUCGACGUGGAAAGCUUGAAACGCGCCUGGACGGCUGUGGUGAAGGCCAAUCCAAUUCUGCGCACGAGGAUCAUCCAGCAUUCAGCACUAUACCAAGUCGUUCUCGAUGACGACAUCCCACUGAGGGUGAUUCACGGCGGAAGCUUGAAGACACUCGCCUCAACGAUGACGUGCAAGAUGCUACAGCUAGGCCAACCAAUGCUGCAGCUGUUUUUCUGGCAUGGUGAAAAUUUGCACGGCUCGGGAGAGCUUCUCCUGGACAUCCAUCAUGCUUUGUACGAUGGAUGGUCUUUGGGGCUCAUUCUCGACCAGCUCGAACGAGCUUACUCGGGUGCAGCACUCGCACACCAACCAUUUAACAAGUUUAUUGGAUAUGUAUCCAAGGCAGACAAUGAGGCUGGGAGAAAGUACUGGCUUGGCCAGCUGGCGGACGUCUUUGACGCCCCUUUCCCGUCGCUCCCAUCAAACGACUACAGCCCAGUCGUUGACUCAUGUACGGAUAUCGGGUUACAAAUGCAUCCUACCAGGGGCCAUACAUCAGCGACAGCAUUGACGCUGGCUUGGGCGAUGGUGCUUUCGCAAUACAGUGAGUCGAGCGAGACGGUAUUUGGCCUCGUCACUUCCGGCCGCAACGCCAGCAUUGACGGCAUUGAGCACAUCUCCGGCCCUACUAUUACGACCGUCCCAUUCUGCUUCCGCCCUAGACGAAGCCAGACGGUCGCCGAUGAACUAAUCCGAGUGAGAGAGCAGCUGGCACACAUGACGCCCCAUGAACAGUUCGGUCUUCACAACAUCCGCAGGCUGGGAGGGAACGCCGACAAUGCGUGCCGAUUUCAGACCUUGGUGCUCAUCCACCAUUCCACCGUAACCCGCUCGGGGCGCCUCCUGGUGCCACUCGAGGACGAGGUCAACGCUGCGGACUUUAGCACAUAUGCGCUAGAAGUUACGUGCCGAGUGUCUGAUGAGGAAGCAGCCGUCACGUUCCACUUUGACAGUAAAGUUCUGGUGGUCGACCAGGUGCGGCGACUUGCUGCCCAGCUUGCCCACGUUACGCAGCAAAUACAAGAAAAUUUGACGGAAAAUAUGGCGGAUCUCAAUCUUCUUGCCCCAGCAUCACGGGAAGAGAUCGAGGUCUGGAACUCGGGCCCUGCCGAAGCCGUCAACCGUUGCGUGCACCAUGUGAUUGAAGCACAGUGUCUUCACACCCCCGACGAACAGGCAGUGUGUGCUUGGGAUGGUGACCUCAGCUACGGCGAACUGAACGACUUGUCGUCAGGCUUAGCGUCGCAUCUUCAGGCUCUGGGCAUUGGUCCCGAGGUCUUUGUGCCGAUCCUGAGCGAAAAGUCCAAGUGGGUUGCCGUGGGCAUCCUAGCUGUGAUAAAGGCUGGUGGCGCUGUAGCUCUGCUCGAUCCAGCUUUGCCGUUGCAGCGCCUGCGAACUAUAUGCAAUGCGCUUGGCGCACAGGUGGUCGUCAGCUCCGACGCGUGCAAAGAUAUUGCAAGCCAGUUGGCAUCGACUCUUGCUGUGUUAGGGAGCGACUGUUGCGAGACUGCCUCUACCGUCAAUCUUUCACAAGAGGUCGGCCCUCUCAAUGCGCUCUACGCCAUCUUCACGUCAGGCUCAACUGGCGAGCCGAAAGGCAUCACAACUGAGCAUGCGGCGUUCUAUACGAGUGGCUUGACACAACGGGCGCAUCUCUACCUCGACGGCGACACGAGGACGCUCCAGUUUGCAUCCCACAUGUUCGAUGUGAGCAUCGCAGACUACCUCUGGACGUUUCUGGCUGGAGGCUGCGUCUGCGUACCGUCGUCAGAGAGCCUUCGUGAUAACCUGGCCGGUGUCAUCAACCAUUUCGGCGUCAACAGGGUCGACCUCACCCCCUCGAUUGCACGCACACUACGUCCACAAGACGUACCGAGUAUCAAAACGGUCUUGCUGGGUGGCGAGUCCAUGAAUCAGCAGGACAUUGAGACCUGGGCAGGAAAAGUUCGGCUCGUCAACGGCUACGGGCCGUCCGAAUGUUCCGUGUGUUGCGCCUUGGCAGACGUUACGCCCGACUCUGAGCCGGCCAAUAUUGGGCGUACAUAUGGUGCCACAUCCUGGAUAGUCGAUAAAGACAACCACGAAGUUUUACUACCUGUGGGGGCGGUAGGAGAGCUCCUUAUUGAGGGGCCAACACUGGCGCGUGGGUAUUCCAACGACGCAGCAAGAACGGCGGAGGCUUUCAUCGAGGCUCCUCGGUGGCUUGCGGGGAUUCGCCCACGGUCUCGUGUCUACAAGACAGGGGACUUGGUGCGGUACAACUCUGACGGCACUCUCAAGUACGUCGGGCGAAAAGACACGCAGGUCAAGAUCAGGGGGCAGCGCGUGGAACUCGAAGAGAUUGAGCACCAAAUUCUUCGCGCAGAUUCUUCCGUCGGCAACGCCAUUGUUGAGGUCGUCAAGCCGGUGUACCGCGGAGCUGGUGAGAUAUUGGUGGCGUUCAUACGUCAAGAACGCGUCAGUGAUGAGACGACAAACGAGUGCCCCUUGCUCCCUUCGAGUGGCCGAUAUAGAGAGAGUGCACAGCAUCUGGCCGUGGAACUGAAGCAACAUUUGCCAGCAUAUAUGAUUCCAAACGUUUUCAUUUCCCUGGGACACGUGCCCCUGACCAUCGCAGGCAAAACAGAUCGUCGUCUCCUGCGACAGUUGGCUGCGAACAUGACCUGGCAGCAGCUACGGCAAUAUCAACCGGGCAAAGCCCUGCGGAGAGCACCCUCGACUGCAGAAGAAAAGAAGUUGCAGGAGGUCGUUGCGGAUGUGCUGGUCCUGAAUCUCGCGGACGUCGGCAUGGACGACGACUUCUUCCGACUGGGCGGAGACUCCAUAGAUGCGAUCCGGCUCGCCCAGGACGCACGGAAAAGGGGGUUCACGUUCCGUGUGACAGACAUAUUUCGCACGCCACGAAUCUCGGAUCUGGCACUAUUUAAGCCCGACAGUGAUGGAGGCGGCGUGGAGUGCACCGCCCCGGAAACCGCCGGAUCCAUGUCGUCCAAGACUUCAGGUCGCUUCGCGGAGGCGAACAUUGUGGAAGUUCUCCCUGUGACGCAAGCCGCGGAGAGAUACUUGUUCCAAGCCCCUGAGUACUGGAUCGUCAACUUUACAGGCGCGGUUGACCAGGACAAACUUCGUGCUGCGUGCUCGGCACUCGUGAGCAGAUACGGUAUCCUCAGAACCAUCUUCGUUGAACAUGGAGGCAAGUAUCAUCAGGUCGUCGUGGAUGGGAUCGAGGUCCUGGUGAAACGGUUCUCUACUCUUCUGCCCAUGGCCAGCUUUGUGGACGGGCAGCGUCAGCGAGACACCAUCGUCAUCCCGACACUUGGUAUCCCAGUCACACAAUUCUGGUUUGUUGAGGGCAAAGAAGGCGACAAAGCCUUGGUCGUACGACUAAGUCAUGCUCAGUUCGACGGAUACUCGUUGCACAUCUUGUGGCGCGAUCUGAAGCUGUUAUACGAAGGCGCUGCCUUGCCGCCCGCGUCGUCAUACUCGACGCACUUGAAACUCUGGGAUGAAGCAUCCACUGAAGAGGCCUUUAGUUUCUGGAGAGAAACAUUUCAGGGCUCGAGCAUUUCACGGAUUGGCAAUGCCUCCUUUGGCGACGCCAGCUGUUCAAAUUCUGGUUUUGUUACCGCAAGCCGCGUCGUGGAUGUGUUCAACAACGCGCCGAGCAGCAUAACGACAGCUACGGUCGUCAAAGUUGCGUGGUCUAUCGUCCUGGCGAGCAUAAGUGGAAGACAUGACGUGGUGUUUGCGCAGACAUCCAGCGGACGCAGUCACGGCUCGUCAACUGCAAAGGAUGUGGUGGGCAUGUGCCUCAACUUUAUCCCCGUGCGCGUGACGCUCGACCCAGCAGCCACUGUGGCAGAUCUUCUUGCCGCCGUGCAAGAGCAACAUCGCAGGAGUCUUGACCACGAGCUGCUUGAUUUUAGAGACGUGGUGCGUAACGCGACGUCGUGGUCCGAUGGAGCCUGCUGUCAGAGCAAUCUGGUGCAUCAAAACAUCGAGCCGGAUCUGCCGUUUGCUUUCGGGGAGGCGGAGGCGCUCGUAACUUGCUCGUACGACUGGCCACGUCCUCCAGACGAGAUUCUGGUUGAGUCUCGCCCGUUGCAAGACGGGCAGAUGCAAGUGACUCUCGAUACGCGCACUGACAUACUGACGCAGAAGAACGCGGAGGUCGUCUUGGAAAAUCUUUGUACAGUGAUAACGUCUAUUUUGGGUGAUACUGGGUCAGAGAGGGUUGGGACAUUUCUCGCUGCCGUGGGCGUUUCAUCGUCACGUUAG